GUGGAUUUCUUUUUUAUUUAUUUCCAAACGCCCAUAUUUGGGGGCGUGUGAUGGAAACGCACACGUUUCCGAGUCAGAUACAUACACUUAGUACUAGCUUGCUUGUACUUCAGUAUCCUUCCCCUCGAGUGUUCGAGCUUACCCAUGCGGAGUCGAUUGCGUGUACGGGAGAACCCGCGGAGAGCCGCAGACUUGCGCAUCUCGAGAAGUUCGAGUCGAGCCAGCGUUGAGCCUUCGAGCGCGUUGCCUUGUGCGGGUAUGUCAUCUUCAUCGUCAUCGGGCUUCCACCCGCCUCGACUCUCGACUCUUUCGCAUCUCAGCCCCCGGCUUCCGCCGCUCGCAUCCUGCGCUCUCUUCAGUGUCCAGGCUCCAACACUUCAGCCUUCAUCCUGGCGUGGAGAAAGUGGAUCUGAUCACAUUCACAGUGUCCAAGGCAGGUGUUGUGCAAAGUGGCGUUGUGGCGUAGGCCGGGGGCGCGGGCAAUCAUAAAAGAAAGAAAGAAAAUUGAAGGUUAUGGACUUGCGGCGACUCCGGGCAAUCCCUCGGUUCCCGAAUCCCGGCAUUCAUUCGGGUCGGUCACACCGUCAAAAGGAGGACCGACGGGUGAAGUGAGAUGGAGGGCGUAUGAGAGAUGGAUUUACCUGUGCACCGACUUU